AAUACGAAACAAAGAAAGCAAUUAAGUUGUUCUGAGUUCUCACGCACCUAUCUACUAGCGAUCAAGAUGGGUGCGUGGAUGAGAAAUGCAAAGCCAUAUCUGCUUCUUGUGGCGGUGCAAUUUGGUUCAGCGGGAAUGUUCAUAUUCGCCAUGGAUGCAAUUGCCAAAGGGAUGAGCCAUUACGUUUUCAUUGUGUACCGUAAUGCCAUCGCCUCUGUUACUCUCGCUCCCUUUGCUUUUCUUCUUGAAAAGAAGGUUAGGCCAAAGAUGACAGUGCGGGUAUUUCUAGAGAUCAUGGCGUUGGCUUUCUUCGAGAUUAUACUUGAUCAAUGUUUCGCCCUGCUAGGGAUGAAAUACACAUCGGCAUCAUUUCUAUCAGCAGUGAUGAAUUCCGCACCUUCCAUUACUUUUCUAUUGGCGGUCAUUCUUCGAAUGGAGCGCAUGAAGAUUAAGGAGGUAGCAUGCCAAGCAAAAGUGAUUGGAACUGUGGUUACUUUUGGAGGCACCUUAGUUAUGGCACUCUACAAAGGCACCGCAGUUACCAUUUCAGGGGCAACCAAAGCGGCCCACGGGCCGGAGAAUGUGAACAACCCUUCCGGCAGCCACUGGGCAAUAGGAACAUGUUUUCUUAUCAUUGGUUGCAUCGGCUUCUCUGCCUUUUACAUAUUGCAGGCCAUAACGUUGCGCAAGUACCCAGCAGAGAUGUCUCUCGCAACGUGGGUCUGCUUCGCCGGAGCACUUCAGAGCUCACUUGUGGCGGCUUUUGCCGAGCGCCACCGUCCUCAUGCAUGGGCUCUUGGUUGGGACAUCAGACUCUUUGCUCCAGCUUACGCGGGAAUAGUAACAUCAGGAGUGCAAUACUAUAUACAAGGGAUGGUUAGCAAAGCAAUGGGUCCAGUAAUUGUAACUGCCUUUAAUCCAUUGCGUAUGGUCAUUGUUACCGCCUUGGCUUGCAUCGUUCUCUCUGAGCAACUCUACCUCGGAAGUGUAAUUGGGGCAAUAGUGGUGGUUGGAGGACUAUAUGCAGUGGUGUGGGGAAAAUAUAAAGAGCAGAAAGCAAAGGAGAACUCUGAACAACAACAACAACUACCUGUCAUUGCUCUCACAAAUAAUGAUACUAAUAACAAACCCCAAUUUUUGGUCAUUCAGCCUCAUCAACAAAUAUCAAGCACAGAAAGCCAGACCAAAUAAAUAUAUUUGCCAACAUUCAUUUUGUUUUCAUUUGUAAUUAAUAAAUAUUAAAUAAAAUAUAUUUUAAUUAUUUGAGUUA